CUCCGCCCAGUGUUGCGUCCCGCAACUUGACCGGGACGGCGGGGGCGGUUCUGCGCGGCUCGGCUCGGCUCGGCCUGGCCUGCGGGGAGAGGGGGACGGCCGUUGGCACGGAGCUCCCCUGCGGUGGGGACCGGGGGCUGACGAGGCUGCCGGGGUCCGAGGGGAUGCGAGCUGCGGGCCGGCCCCGCCGCGGCGUGGCGCGGGGGGGGCUGGGCCGGGCCCCGCGGCGCUGAGGAGCUGGAGUCCCACCCGUCUCGCCGGCGCGGAUCCGCCCGGGAUGGAUCAUUUCUGUCAGCAGGUGCAGCAGAAGGACGUGGGCCGCAGGCUGCAGGUCGGGCAGGAGCUGCUAGAGUACCUGAGCGACCCCGCGGCGUCCCCGGACGUGGAGCAGGACCCGCAGCGGCUCGACAGAGUGAUCGACGAGCUGGCGGCAUGGGUCAACUCUAGCAACUUCAAGUCCGAGAGUCUGAAGAAAGGCAGAGCCAUAGAAAUAAACAUUAGUUGCAAUGUCUCCCACUCACUCCCAUGGACUAAUUCCUUCCCUUCCUCCCAUAUGUCUGUUCACAAAGGCAUGCUCACUGACAAAGCUGUCCACCCCACUGACAGGGUGUGACGGAUGUACCCAACUCCUCAACACAACUAGUGGUCGUUUGGUUCAGUCUCUGAAGGAAGUAGAUGCCUAGACCCUGACUGGGCCAUUCACUUCUUUAAUUCCAACCUGUUCAUCAAAACACCCCCAUAGGAAGAGGUGACAUGGUGUGCUUUGAUGUUCAGGAGCUCGGAAAGCAGAACAUCGAUCACGCAAUUAACACAGGAAUAGCAGGAGUGUUAAAACCAAGACCAGUUUGUCAAGGAGCAACGGCAACUGUAUGCACAAGGAGUCUUAUGCUUACUUUCUCCAUCCUUUGUAAUCUGACUACCAGCAAGUCACCCUAUUCCAUAAACAUGAUGGCCUGAGUGAGCUUAUUUACUAAGCAGCAGGCUGCACAGCAGUGAUCUCCCCUGGAGCUGGGAUGCCUCUCACAAAUACUCCUCAAGGUCGAGACCCCUUAUCAACUACACAUCUUUGGUAAGCAACUGACACUGUGCAUAACUCGUACCACUGGAAAUAAGAUCACAUAUUGGUAAUUUGGAUGUUAAGCCUCACUUUUACAACAUUUUACUUCAAUAAACCAUUUUUGCUA